AUGUGCGACUCGAUGAAUCAGCAUCUGAGGAAGGCGUAUCCGUUGCUCGAUGAAGGUCUCCAGCUCCUCCACGAAAACUACACAAGCAAUCAGUUGUGGUGCCUGGAACAAUUCCGACACUAUAAGAAUAAAGAAGUUCUUCGAACUAUGGUACACGGUGAUUUAUGGACGUCAAACAUUCUCUGGAGGGACAGCGAUCUGGCAGCAAUAGUAGACUGGGCGACUUGCCAUGCCGGGUCACUGGGGGCAGAUGAAAGCUACAACAAAUUCGUGGCAAUGUUCCAAAUGAUUUGUGAGCUUCUGAAAUCGAUGAGUCCGCUACUAAAACAAGGACUUGCACUCCUGCAUGACAAUUACACUCGGAAUCAAAAGUGGUUUCUGGAUGAAGUACGUUACUACGAGAACGAAGGCAGUUAUACGAAACGUGUUCUGGUCACGUGCUGCAGCGCAGAGCAACGAAGACGAAUGACUCGUCCCACUAAUGGAAUACUACUUCGAAAGAAUGCAGACGAAAACAAAGGAGAAGAGGAUGGAGAUGCCAUUCACCUUCAAAGAUUUAGAGGAAGACUACCAUCGCACAUUGCCGUUCACUUGUGGCCAGACGACCUUCGCUACAGGCCUUUGGCUACAAACCGGCGUCAUUCGGAAAGGUGGAUCAAACGACGCUACACGUGUACAGGAAAUACUAGCCAGACUUCACAGCGUGAUCGAGGACACGGCAGCGGCCCACAAAUGGCAACUCGCUAA